GGGAUGUCGAUACACUCGCAGUACCCCUUUUCGCUGCCAUCUUACUGCUCAGGUCUAGACGAUGGAAGCUUCUGUCAGCGAGAGCUGAAGGAGGAGUCCCGCUCGUGGCGAUCCGAGAAAUAUGCGCCCGUCUCGAAUGUCAUGGUCCUGGAGCAUGAUCAUGGCGUGGGGUCGGCCCGCUUUUAUGAUGAUGGAGAGAUGGAUCAACUAUUAGCUGCAGAACACCAGCCCCAGCUCCGAAUUAUUCUGCUGCAACCAACCCCACAGGAGAAACUACUCCACACCAUCGACGACCCCGCGGUCCUAAAGGCACUGCUCACCAACGAACUCAUCAGCGACCGUGUUACUGAGCCAGCGAACGAGAAAGUCCCCGAUCAGCGUGAGGAUGACGUGCCGUCGCAGCUCGACAUCACACGCAGCUGCCUUCUGAAGAUUCUGACGCGAUACGACAUCGCGCCCGCCGCAGCCUCCCACAUCCGUGGCCAGGAACAGAUUUUCGGCUCGCGACAGCAGCGCGAUGAGGAAGGAAAGAUGCGUUCCUUCGAAUUCUGGUACGCAAUCCGAGCCCGCGCCUACGUGCGACGACUAGGCAAGGAAGCCGAUCUCAAGAUGACGAUCGUCACGCGAUACGACGCGCGGUCGCAGUCGACGCUUGUCCUGCUCAAGUAUCGAUCCUUCAAUGACCUGCCGCAGCGGCUGCACGAGGAGUUGGUCGAGAACCUGCAGGCGUUCGUCCGGGAGCCCACGACGGCCGCGCUCGUGAAGAACCCCUUCAUCACCUCGGUGAUGCACUUCAACCCGACCAUCCAGUACUUCCGGCGGGCUGCACGGGAGCCGCGCGACACGAUCCGCGACGAGGAGGCGAGGGUGCAUGGAGGCAUGGACGAGUUCGCCCGCAUCGACCUGCACAAGCUCCAUCUCACCCUGACCAGUCUCGACCAGGAUAAGAUCCAGAUGAGCUUUAUUCUGGGAGUGAUUGCCCGGCUGCGCAUCCAGCACGAGACCUUCCAGACCCUCGUCGAGGGCAAGGCCAGCGUCCCCGAGCGCGAGUGGCUGUAUUUUCGCAUGGAGGAGGAGUUCGAUCGCUUCGAGAAUCAGAUCGCUUACUUCAAGUCAUCGGUGGAGGAUGUUGCAAGGCGGGUGGAGCGGCUGCUGGAAUUACUAUUCAACAUGAGCUCGCGGAUCAACACCCAAUCCAGCACGAAGAUGACCAAGUAUGCUAUGCACGAGAGCGCCUCGAUGAGCACCAUCUCGGUGGUGACCAUGCUUUUUCUCCCUGGUACCUUCAUUGCCACCAUACUGGGAACCAACAUUAUCGCCGGGCCAUCUCGCUCAGAGGGAGACACCCCGGGCCACUCGGAGCUUUACAUCUCGUCGCAGUGGUGGAUCCUGCUGGUCCUGACCGUCUCGUUGACUGUCGUCACGAUGGGUGGGUGGUAUAUGCUGCGGAGAAAGACCGCCCGGUCGAUCGAACAUAUGAUCUCUGCCCAGAAUGCAGUCUGACCAUGUCUGCUUGGCAACGAAUGAUGUCGUGUUUUCAGUUCUUUUUUUGUCUGCCAUUCAGCGGGCGUUGUGGGUUUAGAGAUCUGCGGUGUUGCUAUGCACGUGGUGCAUUGGAUGGAUCUAAUAUCUUGUUCUUCUUUGCUUCGUAUGUACAAUACAGACACUGUCGGAUAACACCUAAACCUACUGCAGAUCCCGUACCAAGACUCCACGAUAUCUCAUCCUCCCUUCCCUCAAAGUCUUCAUCG